AUGCCGGGAAUAAGCUCAGGAGUCAUCGGCCACAGAUUAGCAAUUGACAAAACAGUCCGACUAGUGGCACAAAAGAAAAGAAAUCUCGGAGAAGAGAAAAAACAAGCAGCACUUGAAGAGACCAAGAAGCUCCUCGACGCAGGUUUCAUCAGAGAAAUCCGCUUCACUAUAUGGUUGUCCAACGUGUUAAUGGUAAGGAAGAACUCAGCUUUGAGUUUUAUAGAUGCAUACUCUGGUUAUAACCAGAUUUUGAUGCAUCCAGAAGACCAAGACAAAACAGCUUUCAUUACAAAACAUGAAAAUUUUUGUUACAAGAUAGGUCGGAAUAUGGAAGUCUAUGUGGAUGAGAUGGUAGCAAAAAUGCCUACACAAGGGUCACACUGUGACAAUCUGGUAGAAGUUUUCAAUCAACUCCGAGCAUAUAACAUGAGGCUCAUUCCGGACAAAUGUGCUUUUGGGGUCCAAGGAGGGAAAUUUCUUGGCUUCAUGUUAACCUCACGAGGUACAGAAGCCAACCCAGAAAAAUGUAAUGCAGUGUUGACCAUGGAAAAAAGCAAAACCCCCGUAUACUUCAUCAGUAAGGUAUUACAGCCAACAGAAACAAGGUAUCCGAGGAUAGAGCAACUAGCACUGGCACUAGUCACCACGGCAAGAAGGCUACGACAUUACUUUCAAAGCCAUACAGUCAUAGUACGAACAGACCAACCAUUAAGGCAGAUACUAACCAGACCCGAGCUUGCCGAACGAUUAAUAAAGUGGUCAAUCGAACUAUCCGAGUUCGACAUUCAAUACGAGUCGAGAAAGGCUCUGAAGUCACAAAUACUUGCCGACUUCGUAUCAAAGAUGACUAAUGAGACACAACACACAGUAGCAAAUUGGAGUAUACAUGUAGAUGGAGCAUCAAACAGAGAAGGGAGCGGAGCUGGAGUACUACUAAAAGAGGGAGACAAAGUGAUAGCUGAACAAUCACUACAAUUUCGCUUCAAUGCAAGCAAUAACCAAGCGGAAUAUGAAGUCCUGCUAGUAGGACUAAAGCUCGCCCAACAACUCAGGAUACCUCAGAUAACAGUCUACUGCGACUCAUCACUUGUAGUACAUCAAAUCAAAGGCGAAUACCAGGUAAAAGAUCAUUUGUUAGAGAAAUAUUGGCUCAUAACGAAGGAUCUAAUCUCAAAGUUCAGCAAAUUUGAUAUUAUCCAUGUAAACCGAGAACAAAAUACCAGAGCCGAUGUGUUAUCCAAGUUAGCCACAACAAGGCAGGCGGAGAACACACCGGCCCUGUGCCAACUAACACUUGACAAGCCGAGCUUUGAGCAGGACACAAUAUUAAGCAUCAUGCAGGUACCAGAUUGGAGAACACCUUUUCUCAACUACAUCAACACAGGAGCUAUACCAGAUGAUGAGCCGAACCUGCCGCUUUUCCGAAGAAGAGCAAGCUUCUACACCAUAGUCAGAAACACACUGUACAGGCGAGGACACUCCCAACCACUCCUCAAAUGCAUCAGCAAUGAGGAAGCCGAAGAUGUCAUGGCAGAAACACAUGAGGGGGUGUGCGGUGACCACAUCGGCGGUCGAGCAUUGGCGGUAAAGAUACUGCGAACAGGAUAUUGUUGGCUGGCGAUAAAAAUGGACUGCAUCUCGAAAGUCAAGGCAUGUGAUAACUGUCAAAAACACUCCACCCUCUCAGAUACCCCAGCCGAGGAGCUCCACACCAUAGAGGGAUUAAAGAAAAAGCUCGGCGAGGCUAAAGGAGAGUGGGCCGACCUCAUUCCAGAAAUCUUAUGGAGUUACAAUACCAGCAUUCAAUCUGCCACAGGAGAAACUUCUUUCAAGCUGGUAUAUGGCACAGAAGCACUCAUCCCAGUAGAGGUCAGCGUCCCAACAUUAAGGACCGAGGUCUAUGAUCGAUCGAAUAAUUUGCAAGCUCGGGCAGCCGAGUUGGAUCUUGUGGAAGAAGAAAGAGACAUUUCAGCCAUAAAGCAGCGAGCCAGAAAAUAA